UUUCAUUCAAAUAUAACCCUAAUUUUACAGAGAAACGCAAAAAGAAAAGGAGGAAGAACGAUGUCAGAUGCUACUUCCAAUCCCAACGUUGAAGAUGGCAUGAAAUCCAACCUCACCACCCACAUCAAUUUGAAGAAGGUAAAAAUGUUUGAUCACAUUAGUCAAUUGCCUGACUGCAUCUUGUCCUAUAUCCUCACAAAGUUAUCUAUGAAAGAUUUGUUGAAAACUAGUAUACUAUCAAAAAGGUGGUGUAACCUUUGGGCUCUAAGAAGAGAUCUUUACUUUGAUGUCUUCAAUGUCUUUGAAAACAACGAGGAGGAGCUACUACAAAAAGGGUAUCUUUUUGAUAUCCCUAGUGCUCAUUGUUUUAUUAUUCUAGAGAGAAGCAUCAAUUUGGAGCUUAGUUUGGAUGAAUUUGUAAGAUGGGUGGAUCAAUUUCUCAAACAUUCUAAUGCCACAGUUAUUGAUUCUUUCUUGGUCAACUUCUAUUUAAAUUCUCAACAACAAACCACUAUUGAUAAUUGGAUAAGUCUUGUAAUUAAAAGAGGGAUUCAAAGAAUUGAUUUACUCUUUAAAGGAAGCCCUUACGGACGUUGCGAUCGACCACGCAAAUAUUAUAAAUUCUCUUUCAACUUAUUUUUAGAGAGUAAUGCUUCAACUCUAAAGCAUUUGAGUCUUGAAUGUUGUAUUAUUUCCAUUCCCCCCAACUGCAACUUUAUUCCAUUCAAAAGUUUGAGUUUCCUUUCACUUAAAUGGGUAAAAGUGGAUGGAAUUUUUAUUCAAAGUUUACCACAACUUGAAGAGCUUCACUUAAUUGAAUGUGAACUAAAAUCAUCAAUACUAAAGAUGGUGAGUUCUUCCUUAUGUCAUCUCAAGGUUACAUCAUGCUAUGUUCUAUUCGGAAACUCCAAAAAGUUUAUAGAACAAUGUUCACUAGAUUGCCUUAAACUCACUUCAUUGGACUACGAUGGACAUGAUUUGGCUAACUUGAACUUUAAUACCCCUAUGUUGAACAACUUUCACCUCGUUGUUUCAUAUAGUCAACAUCUAAUUGCAUUUCGGCUCUUCGCAACUCUUCCCAAACUCGAGAGUCUGCAAUUAGACAUCUAUUCAACGGUUCCAACUUCUCUAAAAAUAACUCAACGUCUCGAACAUCUGAAGCAGUUGAACUUGAUUUUUAUGCGUCCGUUUGAUUUCCUACAGAAAUUAGACUUCGAUCUUUCAGGGAUCUUAACCAUCCUACAAGCUUCUCCACUUUUGCAGAAACUUUCAAUCAUGAUCAUGUCUCCUGAGAUUAUUGAAAAUCAGAAAGAUGCUAGGGAUCUUGAAGCAUUCUCUCAUGACGAGGUGAAAGUUAUUGAAUUGAGAGGUUGUGUUGGGAAUUGGUAUGAAAUUGAGUUUGCUAUGAAUGUUAUGAAAUAUGCCAACAAACUUGAGCGAAUAGUUUUGAGUCCCUAUUGGAGAGAUGAUAUUGAUGAAUCUUUGGAUUGGAAUUCUAAUCCUGCAUGGUUUCAAAAUGGGCGUCAAAGAAUUGCUGAAAAACUUCAAAAUGAAGAAGUAGUUGGACGAGAAAAACUAGUGCUCAUAUAA